AUGACGAAACUCCUCCUCUCCACUCGACCUCCCAGUAACAGCGACCAGUCAGACCAUUUCUACACAGCAGCUGUUCCCAGUGUGAGUUCACAGGAAUCUAAUGGAGAGAAAAAGACACAACACAGCAGCAGUUUAUCAUCAGACACAUCUGAUUCUCAUGAGUUCUCCCGUUCUUUGUCCAGCCUUGAUUUGGGGCCCAUCCGACGUAGAUAUCCUCAGAGUGGAAACGCCCAGUCUCAGCUCCUAAAUGAAGCCUCCCCACGGGGUUUCAGGCAAACUGACACUGGUUCAGUUCAUCAGGUGAUACUGUAUGAGGAGGGGAGGUUGGGUCAUCUGUCUGCAGGUAUGAAGCCCGGCACUGAGAUCACCCACUAUCAGCACCGAGCGAAGCCCCGGGGAGGUGAGGUCUACUCAUGCAAAUGGAACUUCUCCAGCCCUGAUCCGCAGCCCUCCUACCUGCUGCUGGCUCCCAGAUCCCUCCGUCCUGGAGUCCCGACAUCAGUAUCAGUGACCAUCCUGACUACCUUGCGGGUCACUGUAUCUGCUCACGUUGUUCACGGAAAACAGACUGUGGCCUCAAACUCUGCUACAGUUGAAGGAGGUUCAACUGAGCUGCUGACGUUACCUCCUAUCAAUGCGAGCGAGUCCAGCUACUGGUACCCUUAUGUCCUGGAGGUCAAAGGUUACGCCGGCAGUGUUGAGGUUUUCUCCAACUCGACACAGCUGCGCUUCGAUAUCAAAGGCCUCUCAACCUUCAUUCAGACAGACAAACUGAACUAUCAGCCCGGACAGGUGGUGAAGAUCAGAGCGGUGUCCGUUCACCCCGACGGGAAACCCUACGUGAGCCCAGUGGAUAUCAUCAUCAGAAGUCCAAGGGGAAACCUGCUCAGACAGUGGCUGGAUGAAGACAGCGUCCUUGGGGUUGUGUCCAAAGAGUUUCAGCUGUCUGACAAUCCACCUCUGGGUGAAUGGACCAUCGUCACUACAGUCGAUAGUGUUUCGAGUGAGAAGCAUUUUAAUGUGGCUCAUUAUGUGCUUCCAAAGUUUGAAGUGGUGAUAAAUGUUCCGGAUGUAAUUUAUCAUGAGGACACUCUGUGGGGCUCCGUCACAGCAAAGUACUUGUACGGCAAACCUGUUCAGGGACACAUGAAUAUAACGUUCUUGCAUCAUUUUCAUGGUAUUGAAGAUGCUUAUGAUGAAGAUAGCGAGAUUGACGGCACUGCAGAUUUUCAGUUUGAAGUUCCUGACUACCACCCAAUGAGCAAAAGAGCUUUAGAAAUGGUUUCCUAUGACGAAUUUGAUGAUUUUCUAACGAUUGUGGUUCAUGUGACUGAAGACCUCACAGGCCUCACAUAUAAGAGUACAGCAAAGGUGUCUUUGGCAAAGUUCAGAUAUAAAGUUUCCUUCGACUGCUAUCCCAAAAUAUUAAGGCCCUCUCUGAAUUUUACUGCCAGGCUGAAAAUAUCUACAUACAAUAAUAAGCCACUGUCACAAGAUGAUCCGCUAAGGACUGCUCAAGUGUCAGUGAUGCAGCGAAAGCAAAGUCCGUGGAGUUGGAAAAUGGACGGGGAGGAACAAAUGGUGCCUCAUCGAUCAAACAUGUCGGGCCCUUCGGCAAAUGUGCGUCCCUAUCCAGAAGAGAUACCACCUGAAGAUAUGGAGUUUCCUGUUCCUGCAGAUGGAAUAAUACCCCUCAACAUCCAGCUCAUGAAUGAAACUGAAACACUCACAAUUGAUGCUUCUUUUGAGGACAGCCACAACACUCUACAACUCUAUAGAAGCUACACAUCCCCCAGUCACUCCUACCUACAGAUUCAGAAACCCCCUGGACCUUUGAAGGUUGGUUCACCUCUCCAGCUGCACAUUGAAAGCAAUUUCCCAAUGACUGAGAUUCACUACAUAGUGAAGUCCAGAGGUCUGGUGGUUUCUGCAGGGAAAAGCUCUGAUGUUCUAGCUUUGGUCCCAAAAAUCACCUGGGCUCCUAUGGCCUGCAUCAUCAUCUACUGCGUGCAUCCCGAUGGAGAAAUUGUCAACGACGUGAUUCAGCUACCCAUCACCCAAACUUCACAAAACCAGGUGUCUCUGAGCUGGAGCAACACUAAGAGGAAGCCAGCCGACCAGGUCACACUGAAGGUCGCAGUGGCGGAGCCCGCCUCUCUGGUCGGGAUCCUGGUGGUCGACAAGGCAACGCAGUGGGCGGGAUCACACAAUGACCUCAACAAGGAGAUGGUGCUGAAGGAAAUGGGGGAGUACGACGUUUCCAUGGACAACGCCUACAUGUCUGACAUGUUGAGGAAGGGAGAUCCGUACUCUGUCUUCAAGACCUGUGAUCUUGUAGCGUUGACUGAUGCCAGUUUACACAUGAUGGAACAGCCACUGAAUCCCAUAUUUCCAGGGGAGGGAAUACAUCUCUUUUCUGACCUAGACAGUCCCCAGGAGUGGGAGCAAGAACAGGAGCCACGAGAGCGCUGGAACUUUCCAGAGACCUGGAUAUGGAUGGAUACCAACACAGGUUCAAACUCAGCAGACAUAACUCUGACUGUCCCAGACAGCAUCACAACCUGGACAGCCACCGCCUUCGUCAUAUCUGAGAACCUGGGCCUGGGCAUCAUAGAGAGUCCUGUAGAGCUCACAGUGUUCCAGGAUUUCUUCCUGUCCGUGAAUCUGCCGGCCUACGUCAUCCGAGGAGAGGAGCUGCUGCUGGAAGUCGUUCUGUUUAACUACCUCACACAGGGCCUGGAGGUCAUGGUUGUUGUUGCACAAAGUGACACCUACGAGUUUGUCUACCCGGACAAUGAUGAGAUCCCCAUGCCCAGUGUUCGACGUGUGUCUGUGGGGAGUCAAAGCGGAGCGUCCAUCCUCUUUCCCAUUAGGCCGGUGGUCCUCGGAGAAAUCCCCAUCUCUGUGAAAGCCAUGUCGUCUGCGGCGUCUGACCGCAUCCUCAGGACGGUGCUCGUCAAGGCCGAAGGACUCGAGCAGUCGUUCUCCGCCUCGCUGCUGUUUGAGGUUUCUCCCUCACGGCCAAGCCUUUCCAGAGAUGUGAUGUUCACCUUCCCGGCAGAUGUUGUGGAGGGCAGCGAGAGGGUUUCGGUGACAGCUGUCGGUGACAUCCUGGGUCCGUCCAUCAGCGGCCUGGACUCUCUCAUCCAGAUGCCUUAUGGUUGUGGUGAACAGAACAUGAUCAACUUCGCACCAAACAUCUACGUCCUCCAGUAUCUGAGUGCUACGGGGCAGGCUAACCAGGACACCACAGACACAGCCACAGCCUACAUGAUGAAGGGUUAUGAGCGAGAGCUGUCCUACCAGAGAGGAGACGGCUCCUUCAGUGCCUUCGGGGACCAGGACUCCUCUGGAAGCACCUGGCUCUCUGCUUUCGUGCUGAGGUGUUUCCUGCAGGCGCGGCCGUACAUCAGCAUCGACGCCCAUGUGCUGAGCAUGGUGGCGGCCUGGUUAGGAGCCCAGCAGGGGGCUGAUGGGAGAUUCGAGGAGCCCGGCCGGGUCAUUCACACCGAGCUCCAAGGAGGCCUGGACGGGCCCGUCUCCCUCACAGCCUAUGUCCUCAUCGCCCUGCUGGAAGACAACGACAUCAAGGCUCAGUAUGGAAGCCAGGUGUCUGCGUCCCUGAUGUUCCUGGAGACCCGCCUGGCUCUGGGCGUCUCCAGUAACUACAGCCUGAGCCUGCUCACCUACGCUCUGGCUCUGGCAGACAGCUCCAGCGCUAACAUGGCGCUCAGUGAGCUGAUUGGACGAGCUGAGAUUAAAGAUGGCGUGCCGAUGUGGUCCUCCCCAGACCGCAGCGUGUCGUCGUCGUGGCAGCCUCGCUCCGCAGACAUCGAGAUGAUGUCCUACCUUCUGCUCUCUCAGCACAGACUGGGUCUCUUCACCGAUGGCCUCAGCAUCAUGAAGUGGCUCAGCCAACAGCGGAACCACAAGGGGGGAUUCGGAAGUACUCAGGACACAGUCGUGGCUCUGCAGGCCUUGUCCACGUUCGCAGCGCUCGCCGGGUCUAACGACGUUUCCCUCACCAUCAGAGUGCAGACCGACGCUGCGACCAACGCCGCCUCCUUCGACAUCACCCGGGACAACUACCUGCUUCACCAGAGCCAGCAGAUUGCACCAGAGGAGGAGCUGAGACUCAGUGUGACUGCAGAAGGUCGCGGACUCGCCCUCUUUCAGCUGAACGUGUUUUACAACGUCAGGAACGAGGAGCUGAUGAGGAGGAGACGAGACGCAGGCGAAGGCGAGGCGUUUCAUCUGUAUGUGGAGCUGUUUGACGAGGAAGUAAACUCGGCACAUCUGUACAUCUGCAGCAGUCUUUCAGAGUUUCUGGGUCUGAAUGCGACUGGCAUGGCCAUUAUGGAGGUCGGCCUGCUGAGCGGCUUCAGCCUGCUCCCGGGCGGUAUCCAGACCGAUGAGGUCGUAAAGAAAGUGGAGACGCCGCCGGGGAAAGUCAUUCUGUACCUGGACUCUGUGACGACAGAGGAGAAGUGUCUAAUGAUUCCUCUGGUCGUGGAGUUCAUGGUCGCCAAGGUCCAGGAAGCAAGUGUUGUCAUCUAUGAUUAUUAUGAACCAAGACGCAGGACAGUGAGGAUGUAUAAUUCAGACUGGAGGAACGACAUGUCUGCCGGCUCCUUUUGUGGCGACGACCACGAUCAGUGCUCAGAAAACAUCUACUAUGAGCUCAACACUGCGUCACACUGCAGCCAAAACCUCCUGCUGACCAGUUUAACACCUGCUCUGCUCCUCAUCAUCUUCAUCAUCUUCAGUGUGUAA